UGAGUAGCGAAAUAUAAACCUUGGAAUGGAAUAGGAGGAUACUCUUGUCCUCUGAUGACUGUAGAAUAAGAUAUAUCAGACGGUAAAUACUGCGGAUGGCCCUCUCACAAUCUUGCCGCCUAUAGGUUAGGGAUUUAGGCUACUACUCCCAUGGAUCGUCCAAGAUAGUUUACUGUGUUCCCUAAUGGGACAUUAUUAUCAUUCCUAAAUAUAGGUUGCAAAAGACCUCGGGCAAGACGUAUAUAUUAUCAUGAUCGACUCGGCCAGAGUCUUCUGCCUCUAAUGAUGCAUGAUACUCCUGGCUAGCCACAGCCUAAAAUUCAAUGCCAGCUGGGUCUAUUCAACCAGCGGCAAGGAUGGUCUCCCACUGACUCCCACUGACUGCCACUGCAUUUCUUUCAAGGCCACAACUCCUUUGCGAAAUCCGAGCAUCAUCACUUCGCUGGAUUCUAUUAUAUUCUCUCCCGCCCUUGGCCAUGUCUAUGCAGUUGAGAUCACACAGUGGCGUCCAGUAGUCGAAGUUUUCCACAGCUACCAUAGACUGUGUGACGCCUUCGUGGUGAUAUUAUUGUUGGAAUUGGCAAAAUGCGUGCCGUAUCCAGAACUGAGGGGAAAUAGAAGGAAAAAGAAAAUACCAAUUGGGUAACCGCCUCAUCGUAGUCCGCUGGUUGCUGAAAUCCCAACUCCUGUACGGAGUUGCGGGGGUUCCGGAAUGAUAUCCUUUCCUAAAUGUCGACCAACCGUGUUGGCCAACCAUUUAGAUAUGGAAACAACUGUUCACUUCCUCCUGUUCUACACGUACUUAGCAUGGGGAAGAUGUGCUACAUUAUAAAGCUGCCCAUGGCUGCUUUCCUCCACACUGCUUUUCUCUACUGAGAGAUUCUCUCCCUAUCUUCUAGUUGUUUUCGCCAGUGAUAGAUGGCGACACUUAAGCCUUUCAAGCUAGUCUUCGCUUGCUUUUUUCUCGCAUGGGUGUUCAUGGCAUCUGCCACGCCUCAUGCUGCCCCGCCUCACCUUGCAUCCCGCGAAAACAAGGAGUGGAUCUAUGGCGUGAAUCUGGGCGGGUGGCUUGUCCUGGAGCCAUGGAUAACGCCUUCUGUCUUCGAAAAUGCAGGGGAUCGAGCAGUGGAUGAGUACACCCUGAGCCAAGUUCUCGCCGGCAAUGCCAAAUCACGACUAUCGAAACAUUGGAACUCGUGGAUCACUGCAGAGGAUUUUAAGCAGAUUGCAGCGGCGGGAUUGACUCAUGUCAGGAUCCCCAUAGGUUACUGGGCGGUAGCUCCCCUGAAGGGAGAGCCAUAUGUCCAGGGCCAAGUUGGCUAUAUGGAUAAGGCGCUUAGAUGGGCCAGAGAAUCAAACCUCAAAGUUGCAAUUGACCUUCAUGGUGCUCCGGGCUCCCAAAACGGCUUCGACAACAGUGGUCGCCGUGGUCCCAUCAACUGGCCAAAGGGGGAGACAGUAGCCCAAACCCUGAAUGCCGUUCGCGCCCUCGCAGAGCGUUACGCCCACCAAACCGACGUCGUGGACUCCAUCGAAAUUAUCAACGAGCCCUUCGUGCCGGGUGGUGUACCGCUCAGCCAAGUCAAAAGAUUCUAUCACGAUGGCUAUAAGAUCGUGCGGAACGCAAACCGCAACGUCGGCGUUGCAAUAUCCGACGCUUUCCAGGACCCCCCUUCCUGGAACGGUUUCAUGCUCCCAUCUCAAAAUUUCCACAAUGUCCAACUCGACGUGCAUCACUACCAAGUCUUUGACAAUGCGCUUGUAAACUUCAACGUAGACCAACACGUCAACCUUGCAUGCUCGUUUGGACGUGAAAAGCUCGCGAAGACGGAUAAAAGGACUUUUGUUGGGGAGUGGACCGGCGCCAUGACCGAUUGUGCCAAAUAUCUUAAUGGAAGGGGUAUGGGGGCGCGGUUUGAUAAGUCGCAUCCCAACGGCAAGCCCUCGGGCGCUUGUGGUGGGAGGUACUUUGGCUCCGUUGGACGGCUUCCUGCUCAGCAAAAAGCGGAGAUCAGACGGUUUCUUGAGGCUCAGCUGGACGCUUAUGAAAAUUGUGCGGGGUGGUUCUUCUGGACGUGGAAGACAGAAGGGUCGCCUGAGUGGGAUAUGCAGGACCUCUUGUCAGCAGGCUUGUUCCCACAGCCUUUCAGGGAUAGAAAGUACGGUGGUUGCAAGUGAUGGAUUUGCAAUGUUUUUUUUUUUGGGGGGGGGGGGGAUGUUGAAGUGAACAAUUAUAUACAUUCGAAAAUUUUAAUUUUUGCGCUGCAUACGUUUAAUAGAAGUCAUUGAUCUAUCUUAUUAUUUGCCAUCCAUGUACUCCUCCGUUGCAUGGAAAUGGGGAUGUGGUUAUCUAGACGACACAUUGUUAGUAAAACUAUUCCAUUUUAUUAUUACUUUUCAUGAAAUCUCUCAAAUACUACUUAAGAGCAACAUAAUUGCACAGAAG